AUGGAAGGGCCUGCAUCUCCUUCUUCAACGCAAUCACAACGGCAGCGUUUGGACGAAGCUAGGGUUUCAGAGAUGGAGAUUCAACCUCCACUGACCAACCAAGACACCUCCACCGUCUGGGACUGGGGAGAUCUCCUCGACUUCACCGUCGACGACGACCUAUCGAUCUCGUGGGGCUCCGUCGAGAUCGACCCGGCUCCGGCUCUGGAAGAACUGCCGGAGGAUCCGAAUUCGAAUUCGGGUCGGGUAAGGAAGCGCGACCCGAGGCUGGCGUGCACCAACUUCUUGGCGGGUCAUGUCCCGUGCGCGUGCCCCGAGAUCGACGAGAGGAUGAUGGAGUUGGAAGAGGAGGAAGCCGGGCAUGGAAAGAAGCGGGUCAAGACGGCUCGGGCCCCUCCUGGGACGGCCCGGUGUCAGGUUCCGUCUUGUCGUGCCGACAUUAAGGAGCUGAAGGGGUACCAUCGGAGGCACAGAGUGUGCCUUGCCUGUGCAAAUGCCAGCACUGUCUUUCUUGACGGUGAGACCAAGCGUUAUUGUCAGCAGUGUGGCAAGUUCCAUGUCUUAUCAGAUUUUGAUGAAGGUAAGCGGAGCUGUCGAAGAAAACUAGAGCGUCAUAAUAACAGACGACGAAGGAAACCUACUAAUUCCAAAGGAGGGAUUAGAAAGGAAUCUCAAAGGGAAAUUCAAAUUGAAGAUACCAAUUGUGAUGGUGGAGCAGGAGAAGACAGUAUACAGUUAGGCAGUCAGUUAAAUGACAAGGAAGAAUUGCCAGAGUCUGAAGGUGGACGUAUUUCUACCCUCAGUUCAGUGCCUGAUUCCCAGAUUGUCCAUAGUGAUGGUGGUGCAUCUCUGGUAGCUUCUGGUGAAACCCAAAUGGAUGGAAGAAAACAUGAUUCUAACAACUCUCUUUCUCCGCCAAAUUGUGAUAAAAGUGCCUACUCUUCUAUGUGUCCGACAGGUCGCAUCUCAUUCAAACUCUAUGAUUGGAAUCCAGCAGAGUUCCCUCGAAGACUUCGGCACCAAAUAUUCCAAUGGUUGGCCAGUAUGCCGGUUGAGUUGGAGGGGUAUAUCCGCCCUGGAUGUACUAUCUUGACUGUUUUUAUUGCAAUGCCAAAGUUUAUGUGGAUGAAGUUACUUGAAGAUCCUGUAUCAUAUGUACAUGACUUUGUUGUUGUACCUGGAAGGAUGCUGUCUGGGAGAGGCAAUAUACUUGUUUAUCUAAAUGACAUGAUUUUCCGUGUUGUGAAAGAUGGGACUUCUGUAAUAAAAGGGAAAGUUGAGAUGCGGGCCCCAAGGCUUCAUUACGUUCAUCCUAGAUAUUUUGAGGCAGGCAAGCCCAUGGAGUUUGUUGCCUGUGGAAGUGAUUUAUUACAACCCAAAUUUCGGUUUCUUGUAUCCUUCUCUGGAAAGUAUCUGGCAUAUAAUUACUAUCCUGAAUCUUCUCCUAGUCAGAUUGAAGGAGACACUGCUACUAACUUAGACCAUCAAUUAUACAAGAUACAUGUCCCUCAGACUGAAGCAAAUUGUUUUGGUCCUGCAUUUAUUGAGAUUGAGAAUGAAUCUGGCUUAUCGAACUUUCUACCCAUACUCAUCGCAGACAAAGAGGUUUGUGCAGAAAUGAAUACUAUUCAGAAGAGAUAUGAAGAAUCUUUCUCUUUGCAAGGAUCACGCUUUUCUUCUAGUGGUUCUCUAUCAGACUCUUGUGAAGCAUCUUCCCUGGGACACACAGCUUUUUCUGAAGUUAUUUUAGAUAUAGCAUGGUUACUUAAAAAGCCCUCAUCAGAAAAUUUUCAACAGAUCAUGACUGCUUCACAGAUCCAAAGAUUCAACUAUUUAUUGAACUUUUUGAUAUCCAUUAAGUCAACAACCAUAUUGGAGAAAGUUUCACAAAAUUUGAAGACUCUGAUGGAUAACAUGGAGUUACACAGUGCAAAUGAUGGCACCAGUGAUGCUGACAUGAGGCUCUUAAAGAAUUACAUGGAUUAUGCCCAUGAUCGUCAAAAAAUUGACAACUCAGGGGUUUUAGUACCAUGGUCUGGAAGAUUGGUGCAAAAAGAGGAUAUUGUUUCUCAAAGUCAAAGCUGCUUUCAGAAUGUCGGAAAUUUGGUUGUUCCGUUACAAUGUCAGGAUACGGAGAUAACUGUGGAUGGUAGGGUGGAUGUGAUGGUUGGUUCAACUUCUCAUGAGAGAAGUGAAACUGUUCCACUCUUGAGUAAAAAAGCAGUCAUGAAAGCUAGCCUGAUCAAGAAAUGGCCAAGAGUGGCUAACUGGUGCACUUCUGGGGAGGUCUCAAUGUGCCGCUCUAGUGGGGUGUUCUUGAGAUUUCGCCCUGCACUUUAUGUAAUUUGUGCUGCAGCUAUCUGUUUAGGAUUUUGUGCAGUCCUCUUUCAUCCUCACAAGGUUAGUGAAUUUGCAGUAACAAUGCGCAGAUGUUUAUUUGACAACUUUUAG